AUGGUUCAGGAACCCAUGGGGAACUGUGCCAAGAGGCCCUGGAGCGGGGGGCCUAAGGAACGCUGGCAGUGGCCUAGAGCCCCCCUAGGGAGCUCCAGCCCUAGCCCUGGCCCCAGAGCUGAGGAGCAGGAGGGCACACAGGGCUACUCGGUGCUCAGCAGCCUGGUGGGGCCAGCCUGCAUCUUCCUUCGACCCAGCAUCGCUGCCACCCAGCUCGACCGGGAGCUGAGACCAGAGGAGAUCGAAGAGCUGCAGGCUGCCUUCCAGGAGUUUGACCGAGACCGGGAUGGCUACAUCGGGUACCGGGAGCUGGGUGCCUGCAUGCGGACGCUGGGCUACAUGCCCACCGAGAUGGAGCUCAUUGAGAUAUCACAACAAAUCAGUGGUGGGAAGGUGGAUUUUGAAGAUUUUGUGGAGCUGAUGGGCCCCAAGCUGCUGGCAGAGACUGCAGACAUGAUUGGCGUGAGGGAGCUUCGAGAUGCCUUCCGGGAGUUUGAUACCAACGGAGACGGUUGUAUUAGCGUUGGGGAGCUCCGGGCAGCCCUCAAGGCUCUGCUGGGGGAACGCCUCAGCCAGAGGGAGGUAGAUGAGAUACUCCAGGACAUCGAUCUCAAUGGAGAUGGCUUGGUUGACUUUGAAGAAUUUGUUCGGAUGAUGUCUCGAUGAGCCUGUAUAGGAGCUGGAGUGGACCAGACCGGAGGAUUACAACCUCUGAACCGCAGAGGAUCUCAUGUGUUCCUUGAAACUCAUCAUUAUGUACAGGACUGUGUGCCUCCUCCUCAUCCCUGCCCGGGCACACUGCCCUAUCCUGUCAUCACCCCUUACCUCU